CUACUGUUUGGUGAACAGCUUAGUGCUCUGCUGUGGGCUGUUGGAUUUCUGCUUUCUGACUUUCUGUGAGGAUUUUUGACAAUUUAAUCAACCUUUAAGGGUUUUUAUUGUUUUUAAAAUUAUUUGAGAAGGAAACAAUGAAGCUGUUUCUGCUCUUUAUUCUCCUGACUACUGGAUUGAGUACUGCGCUCCGCAGUUCUCUCAACGACUACCAGCGCUCCGAGGGCAGGGAACUCGUUCCGACAGCCUGGAACGCAGCUCGGAUGCAGAUGUUGCCGGGUUUGAACUUGGAGGAGUGCGCAAGCCGCUGCUCACAAUCACAGGACUGCAGAGCUUUCAACUAUGAGAUUCGUCCGAUUGGCACCUGUAAACAUCUGCCCUGGGUUGCCGACGGAAGUAACGCAGAAGUAAAGAGAAACGUCAACUGUGAUCUUUACGAGAAGAAAGUUUAUGUAAGGAAGUGCAUUGUAGGUAAAGGCGAAGACUACCGGGGGAAAGUUUUCACCACAAAAAGUGGACUCACCUGCCAGCAGUGGUGGUCAAAGUUUCCUCACGAUCACAGAUGGACUCCUUCGCCUACCAACGGUCUGGAGCUGAACUACUGCAGGAACCCGGAUGGGGAUCGAAUCGGUCCGUGGUGCUACACCACUGACCCUGAGCGACGCUACGAAAGCUGCAACAUCCCACAGUGCAAAGACGAGGUGUGCAUCACCUGCAACGGAGAAGACUACCGAGGUCAGGUGGAUCACACUGAGAGCGGCAAAGAGUGUCAGAGAUGGGAUCAGCAAUUCCCUCAUCAACACAUCUACCAGCCUGAAAAGUACCCUGACAAGAGCUUAGAUGAUAAUUACUGCCGUAACCCGGAUGCCUCCCCGGUGCCGUGGUGUUACACCACCGACCCUGAAACAGAGAGAGAGAGCUGCGACAUCAGCAAAUGCACUGAAGUCCUUGUGGAGAAGGGGCAGCGCUCCAGCUUCACCACCAACUGCUUCAGAGGUCGAGGCGAAGACUAUCGUGGCAAAGUCAACGAGACGGCGUCUGGCAUCCCCUGUCAGCGAUGGGACAUCCAGGUUCCUCAUCGGCAUCCCUUCAUCCCAAACAUCUAUGAGUGCAAGGGUCUAGAGGAAAACUACUGCCGUAACCCAGACGGUUCUGAGGCUCCCUGGUGUUUUACGUCAGUGCCAGAGAUGAGGACUGUUCUCUGCCUGCAGAUCAAACGCUGCGCUGAUGACAUAGAGGCUGAGGACUGCUACCAUGAAAAUGGAAAAAACUACAGAGGUGUCGUCCGCAAAACUCGCAAAGGCAUCACCUGUCAGAAAUGGAACGUGAACACACCUCAUCAGACCAGAAUAAACCCACGGACGCACCCGGACGCCAACCUGACGGAGAACUAUUGUCGUAACCCAGACGGGGACCAACACGGGCCCUGGUGUUACACCACUGACCCCAAAACUGAGUUUGACUACUGCGCCAUUAAACAGUGUGCUGGAGAGAAAGUGCCACUGACAGAAACUGUGGAGACGGUGGAGUUCAGCGAGUGCGGGAAGAGAGACGACCGUCCCCAGCCGACCAGGUUGCGUAUCGUGAAUGGAAUCCCUGGGAACUCGCCGUGGACUGUGAGCCUCAGAGACAGGAAAGGAAACCACUUCUGUGGAGGAUCUAUGGUGAAUCCCAGAUGGGUGAUCAGCACAAAGCAGUGCUUCUCCUCCUGCUAUGUGGACCUUCCUGGGUACUCCGCCAUGAUGGGAACUCUUUUCCGUGACCCUCAGGAAGGAGAGCCUGGCGUGCAAACCAUUCCUCUCACCAAGAUUGUGUGUGGACCCUCUGAGUCUCAGCUGGUCAUGCUGCAGCUGGAGUAUCCGGCCCAGUUCAACGAGCGUGUCUCUCAGAUUUGCCUCCCGCCCGAGCGCUACAUAGUGCCCGAGCACACAAAGUGUGAAAUAGCUGGAUGGGGUGAAACGAGAGGGACGGGAGAUGAGACCGUCCUCAAUGUUGCACACGUGCCAGUUAUCAGCAACACUGAAUGCAACAAAUACUUCAGAGGUCGCGUUCGAGAAAAUGAGAUGUGCACAAACUCUUUUCAGGCGGGAGUUGGUGCCUGUGAGAAAGACUAUGGCGGCCCUCUGGCGUGUCAGAACGCCGACUGCUGGGUGCUGGAGGGCGUGAUCAUCCCCAUGAGGCGCUGCGGACACCCGGGACAGCCCAACAUUUUCAUUCGCGUGUCUGUGUACGUAGACUGGAUCAAGAAGGUCAUGGAGAUGGCUUAGCCAUCUAGGAACUGAGCAAAUGCUUCAACGUUCUCAAGAGAGGCACAUUUUUAUUCUGUUAGAAGUUAAAACUUGUGCUAAUCAAACUGUACAAUUGGGAUUUAUGUCCAGGCUUAUGUAGCUAUGAUGCCACAAUGUUACCAGAACAUUAACACAGUGUAAUUUGUUGUUUUGUAUCUGCUCUAAGUUCUUUUAUUGCACUUAAACUUGGAGAUAAUCCAUUCUGAAAAUGUUAGUGUUUGCAAACAUUUUUUUCUAUGCUUUACAUUAUAGACUCCUUACAUUUCAAAGGGCCAGUAUUUUCAAGACAUAUAGUGGUGUGUGAUAGCACAAUAAAGUAACUAUGUUACUUUCAGUUGUUAUAAAAAUACUGCAUAUAUCAAACACAACUCAAAAGAAAUUUUGCUUUCCAGUUUAAGGCCUUGAAAUUGGGCUUCUGCCUCUUUAAGAAGUUCUUGCUCUUUCUGAAACUCCGCCUUCAGGAGGUCAUCACAGCAACGGUCCUCCAUUGCUGGAGGACCGUUGUGAAAUGUAAAAAUGUAACAACAUUUUUACUAGUGUUUCACUCAGAAGUUGCUCCUAUAAUGAACUGAGCAGAUGCAGUUCCACUUGGUGUUUGCUAAUUGCUUCUGGCUAGUCUGAAGGAGCAGAGUGCUGCAUCUUGAAACGAGGAGGAGCUGCAAGUAGUAACAUAUUGAUCUGUUUAAUGCAUUCAAACCUUCUAGCAACAUGUUUACUAACAAAAGUUGCUAUGUAUGUAUUGGAGUAAUUUUGUGACAAAGGGACAGACAAAAGUGUAAGAGGUGAAAUGUUCAAUUUCUAACCACAUUUUAGAAGAGCAGAUGAGGCAUUUUUGACUUUCCAAGUUGGAAAUCCAACGUUUUGGGUUAUCCUCUGGGAUUUUUCAGUCCGUCAGAGUUGAAUUUGUAUACAAAUAUGUAAUUUGCCAAUGCAUACAUCUCCAUGAUUAAUUUAAGUACUGCAUUCUGACUCCUGCUCUAAUAAAUGUUCUUCCUGAUAAUAACUAUUUUUUUAAAGUUGUAUAAUGUAGCCUCAUGCCAAAUAUGAAAAGAUAAUUAACAAAAAAAGGUUUUGAAACAAGAACAGCACAUUGAACAUGGUAUUGUCUUUUAUUUGGAUUUUGUUUGAUAGAUCAACACAAAGCUUCACACUUGGUUUGUAAGGUAUUUUUGCAAACUAAAAUCUAAAAUGUUUGGCUCAAAACCUUGAGUCACCUUUCAUUGCAAUCACUGCUACAAAUCUUUCGAGGUAUUUUUUACCAGCUUGGUUAAUUUAGAGACUGAAAUUUGUCCUCAUGCUUCUUUGCAACAUGGUUGAAGCUCCAUCAGAUUAAAAGAGAACAAGUUUGUGAAUUUUAGGUUUUGAGUAUCGCCACAGAUGUUCAAUUAGAUCUCAGCCAGUUUUGCUCAUUAAUAUGUUUGUAGCUAAACCAUUUAAUUGUUGCUUUAGUCUGACGGUAGGUUUAAGAUUGAGAUUGUUGUCUUGCUGGAAGACAAAGCUCUGCCACGGUCUAUUUUAGCAGGUUUUCAUCAAGGAUUUUCAUGUGUUUUCUCCAUCCAUCCCCAAAGAAAAAUAUCCCCCCAGCAUCAUGCUGCCUCCACCAUAUUUUACUGGCAGGGGGGGAUAUCAAUCGUCCACCCGCCCCUUGCAAGAACGAGCUGGUAUAGAUGAUGGAUGAAUACAUAUCCACACCAAACAAUUGAAAACAUGCAUAAUUUUCUGUAGACUUUCUAAUUACCCAUUACAUAAUCCCAAUAAAUUAUGUUUAAAAAGGUUAAA